GGUGGGCCACGCCUCGCCUGGGAACUGGAGACUCGAACCCCUGGGAGGGCCGCCACUGCCGCAUAGGACCCCCGUGCCCCCCCCGCGCCCCCGCCCCCGCCGCCAGUGCCGCCCCCGCCAUGGCCAGCUAGACACUGCACACCAACAUGCAACUUAGAGGAGCCAUGAUACUAGUGCUGGUGGUUUGGCUGUUGCUGGGUUGGGUGCGCUCGCAAGAGGGCAGCGCAGACUCCACCUCACGCCACCGCCGGGAUCACCAAAGACGAAAGACGCUGGAGAAGCUCGCUGCACGGGGCUUAACUGGGGCUGAGCAAGAGAGAAUAGCCGAAGAGAUCCUGGCUCGCCUCGACUUCUCCAGCAGCAUGACCACGACAACGACCACCACCACGACGACGACCCCCCCACACCUGCGCCCGCACCGCCACCGCCACCACCACCACCUGUCCCCUCGGCUGGCAAGACUGGCCUCGGAAAUGGCUGACGAGCCCCUGCCAGAGUCUGCCAGUCUAAGGCACUCCCCGGAAGUCUUUGAAGAUGCCACGGAAGAGACCGAUUUGACGGUGGAGGAAGAAGAUGAGGUGGAGAGAGAUUCCUCGAGUCCACAACUAAUAGAACAAUAUAUGUUAACGGAGACGAUGGAGAGUCUCAAUCGAGGGAAGAGGGAAAGGAUAGAGGCGCAGGAGAGGAGGAAUUCACGCAAAAAUCGACGAAACGAUCGAAAACAAGAAUGUCAAAAGAGGAGAGAGAGGUGUAAGGAGCUGAGGAAAGUCAAGAGAAUAAGGAGAAGGCGCUACAGAGAGGUCAGGAAGAUGAUCAACGACACGAUAGAGCUGUACGAAGAUGAAGACGGAACCAAAUACAUCGACUGCUGCCCCUCCGUGCUCAUCAGCAUAAACAAGGAAUACGGAAAGGGCCGCUCACACCGCACCAUGGCCAUCAAGCCCGGCCACCAGGCGUUCACGGAGCGCAUGUGCAUGGAUGGUUUCGAGGGCAAGGAGUGCAUCUUCCCGGCCAGCGCCCUCAAGCCGGAGGUGACCACUCGCUGCGUCCAGCAGUACUCAUAUUCCCAGGCCAUCAUCAAGCCUCUGGACUCUGGCAACGAUGAAUGGAUGCACGGCUCCAUCCAGGUCGGCUCCGGUUGCUCGUGCCAAGUGAGCAUCAAUCACAAAAAGAAAAAAAGAAAGAGAAAGAAGAGAUGAGUGGAGGUCAGCAGGGGCCACAGCACGCUCCUGGCCCUGUCGCACCUCCUGCACAAUACAACGCCCGGCUCCCCGCAGUGUGGCCUCGCCACUGCUCUGCUGGAUGACUUUUGUUUCCACGCCAAUACCUAGAGUCUUGGUGUGCUAAGGAACGGUCCCAAGGGAGCCACGGUCCAGAGAGAGAGAACUCUGUGUUAGAUGGUAGUAGUGACGCACCCCAGACAGACACAACUUAUGGCAUUCACACCAAUGGUAUGCCGCGUGUGCACACACACACACACAUACACACACACACACUCACUCACUCACCCCGCGGCCCAGUUCCUGCUGCAGCCAGCAAACAUUGUGUGGGCAGCGCCAUGGGUGAGGGUGGCACCUGCCCAUCGGGCCAGGUGGAGGGGCGGCCGUGGAGAGGCUGGGCGGCCGCUGCUCCCCCACCCCCACCCCACCAUUACCUCAGCAGCAGCCAGCAUCCUGACAAUCCGCACCGUCGGAGAUCUACUCUUUUCACUCUUCCUGUAGAAUCUCAAAAAUUUAUCUGAUCUUGUAUUUAUUCUAGUUAGCGCCAUUAUUUUUUGUCGUCGUUAGUUUUUUGUAGUUUAAAUACUAAUUAUUACUGUAUUAUAAACUUUUUGUAUAUUUUGAGUACUUGAGUCCGACAUGACAAAAUAUUUUUUUCUUGUCAUUUUGUAUCAUGCAUAGGAUAGAAACUAUAUUUUUAUUUACUUUAAUUACAAACUCUUAUAAAGGUAUUAACUCGGGCAUGGAGACCUCCCUCCCCCUCCCCUCCCCUCCUUCCUCCUCCCCCCAGUCCCUUAGCCAUCCUGCUCCUCUGUUCCUACUCUUCCUACGUCACCCUGGUCAUGCAGCAGGGAAGGGGAGGAGGUAACGUGGUGACGCCUCACUCAUGUCAAUACGUGCGAUGAAAGGAAAAAUGUUCACCAACCCUGUUUUGAAGUUCCUCUAUUCCCUCGUCCCCUCCCCUUCUUCUGCGUCUUGUUCUCUUCUAUUUGGUAGUAGUAGUAGUAGUAGUAAUCGUAACAGUAGUAAUAGUAGUAGUAGUUGUAGUCACCGUUCUGCUGAUAACAACUUCAUAUAGAAAAAACUCCUACCACUUUACUCUCCUGUAUUCUUCAAUGUCCUCCUCCUCUUCCUCCUCCAUUUCUAUCAUAGAGCCUAGAAACUGCGAUGCCAAAGGUCCCGUUUAUCAUUUCUCACCAUUUACCCACAUACUGCCCUGCCCUUCCUUGCCCCACCCUCGCCCCUUUCUUACCCCUUCCCUCCACGCCCAGGGCCCCGUCAACCCCUCCACACACCCCUUGCCAAGUGGGUGAGGAGGUUGUCGUGGCCAUCACUGUUCUACCACUGAGUCAUGUCGCCCUCGGUUAGGUCGUUCAACAUAUCAACUAGAUACCUAGGCUCCUGGUCCCUGCCAAGCCCCCUGCCACACUGCCCUUACAAGACUGCCUGGCUAAGGUCGUUGGUUAUGUUAGGUUAGGUUAGCAGAAGCACGCGCCCAUAUGCUUCAUUUUCCGUCUUCUGGUAUGUAUGUCUUGUGUUUUGAGUUGUCUUUAAGUUAUGUAAUGUCUGCCCUUGUGCUGUAUGUGUGUGUGUAUGAGAGAGAGAGAGAAAGAGAGAGAGAGAGAGAGAUUGUGGUCUCUCUUCAGUUUAUCAGUCACCCAAAGUCUCCCUCAGAUGUUCCCUUGUUCAUUCAGUCACAUCAGUUGAGUGUAUGUAACAAUAUCGUCUCCCAUUAUUCCAGUUAAAAUUCAAGUGUCCAUUUCCUUUUCAUAGUUUCUAGCACUAAAAAUCUUUAUUCUCUCUCUCUCUCUCUCUCUCUCUCUCUCUCUCUCUCUCUCUCUUAUGGUUUGAUUAUUAUGGAAAGCUUAGGAAUGGAUAUACAGAAAACCCUUGCUUUUAUUGACCCCAAUAUAAUGAAUUUUGGCUUUAAUGAACUUCUGGGGCUGAGGAUUUACCAAGCAAGGUCGGUAAACGUGGGGUUCAGUUUGGCGGUGGGCCAGCCAAACACGCAGGCUACAUGCAGGUCGGCAGUGGAAACAAAGGUGACUGGGCCGUGCUCACCACUCAGGCUACAGAGCCUUGUCCACCUGACUGUAAACACCUCCAUUUGCAUCCUCCUGUGCCUCAUCAAGUGUGCUGCCUCCCGACACACCUCACCACAAACUUUGUUAUGGAAAUAGCCAACUUUCAGUUCAUAAAAUGAACUGCCAACUGUUUGGAUACCUCAGAUAUAACAGAUUUUCGGAUAAUUUGUAACGUUAUCCUCUUCCCCAACUGGUUUGUUAAAGUGAGGGUUUUCUGUGCUAUAUUAUUCAAAGUCUAUCUUAUUUUUUUGUUAAAGUUAUUUUUAUCAUAUUCAGAUUGAGUAACCUUGAUGGUGUAUUGCCAGUGCUUCUUCAUAAAAAAAUUUAGUACAUGUAUGUGUGUGUAUGUAUGUGUAUUGGGAAUAAUAUUCUUUGUUCACUCCCUACAAACAAGAAUUAUUCCCACCAGUUCAUGAAUAGAUUUGUAAAAAAUUUGAAAACAAUUUUUCGGUAAUUUUUUUUGUUCUUGUAAGGAUGAGGUCGUGUGUGUCGACUAUGUAAAGCUUGCACUGUCCCAGCCAAACACUCAGUCUUUGUGAGAGUAACAUUUUCUGCUGUGAAAUUCACUUCAAUGGUAAUUGCUGCAUUGCACUGUAGUCAAAAUUCUUCCCCAUUCCUUCUAUAUAACCAGCAAGCUUUUAAUGGUACAUUUGGUUCCCUGUGGAGUCACUAGUAUUUUAUUAAGGUUCAUAGAUCAAUUAUUUCAGUCCAUUACAUUUUAUGUAGCAUUGUCAAUCAUUUCAUUUUCAUAAUUUUCUGUACAACUUGACACCUAAUCACUUUGCAAAACAUUUUCCUUCACUGUCCGUCACUGAGCAUGGCCAAGUUUUCAGUGACGUGAUUGAUUCCCUCUAGUCGUGAGAGACACAAGCCGUGGUCGGCUCAGCUCGCUGCAGCAGCAGCCUCGAGGCACCUCAGCCGCCGCAGCCCCAGCAUACCCACACACAGGUGUUGGGGCUCCUCUCUCUCUCUUUAUACGAAUUUUUUGACUUUCUUCACAAAUAUUUCGACACUGUGACAAACAAGUCAGUUGAUCAACAAAAACAAUAUUAAACCCUAUCAGUGAACACAUUCUUGACUCCUGUCAUUCACAUUCCUCAUGGCUUCACCUACGAACAUUGCACUCAGGUGGUAACGUUAUAGGAUACUACUCGAGCCAAUAAGUGACAAAAAUCUACCUAGGCAAGGCUGCCUAGGUGCAUUUUUACAAUCUCUACAUGAAGGUUAUUGGCUUGAGACUAAACUCCACCAUAACCCAGCAGACAUUUCUCAGCAGUGUAUUAGAGGGCUUGGAACACAUGUCUUUGUCAGAGUGGCACAGUCCUCCCUGACUGGGCUCCCCGUAGUGAUGACCUUGCCCUGGAAGGGAAGUCCAGGGCCAGAUCCUUCCAAUAAGUAAUGUGCAGGAGUAUAAGGGACAGAAAAACUCACACACGCCCUGUGUUGUGGAUGCCGGCGGAUCGCGUCCAGCGGCAGGGGACAGGAAUGUGAGACUGAGGAGCGUGAACAUAAUUACGACCAGUAGUAAUAUGUAAAUAAAUCUUACUUAUAA